AUGGCUCUCCUUUAUCUCCUGCUCCUCCCCGCGUUACUGUUCCUGCGACUGCCUACGGUGGUCAGCGGAGACUGCUGGCUCAUCGAGGGGGACAAAGGCUACCAGCUGGUGGGAGCGUCUUCAGAACCUUUGCAUGUGGAACACCUAAAAUGGGAACGAUGCUGGAAGCCGCUUUCUAAAUCGUUGCAGAGACCAGCCCAUCCUUUCUCGCGCCUCGUCGCGGCCCUUUUGAGAUCCUCCAACCUCUUGUCUUUUUUUUUUUUCCCCUCCCGAUUUUCCAUCCCAACAAUGGCUCUCCUUUAUCUCCUGCUCCUCCCCGCGUUACUGUUCCUGCGACUGCCUACGGUGGUCAGCGGAGACUGCUGGCUCAUCGAGGGGGACAAAGGCUACGUUUGGCUGGCGAUCUGCAGUCAGAACCAGCCUCCGUACGAAACCAUUCCCCAUCACAUCAACAGUACGGUUCACGACCUGAGACUGAACGAGAACAAGCUGAAGGCUGUGCUCCUCACCUCCAUGUACCGCUUCACCAACCUGACUGACCUCAACCUCACCAAAAACGAGAUCAGCUACAUCGAGGACGGGGCCUUUGCCGGACAGGCGAACCUUCAGGUUCUGCAGCUGGGUUACAACAAGCUGACCAACCUGACGGAGGGCAUGCUGCGAGGUCUGGGUCGGAUGCAGUGCCUCUUCCUUCAGCACAACCUCAUUGAGGUCAUCGCCGCCAAUGCCUUCUGGGAGAGCCCCAGCCUCAGUAGCCUGGAUCUGUCAUCCAACAAGCUGGCCCGCCUGGACCCGUCCACCUUCACCGUCCUCAACCGGCUGCAGGUGUGCGAGCUGGCCGGGAAUCCUUUCCACUGCGGCUGCGAGCUCUACAGCUUCCUUACCUGGCUGGAAGCCUUCAACAAUGUCACGCACACUUACGACCGCCUGCAGUGCGAGACCCCCCGCGAGCUCAACGGUUACCCACUCCUGGGCCCCUCGCCCGGACACGGGAGGAAUGCCAGAGUCCUCCUUUCCACCAGGUGUCAAGACGGCGUGAUCAUUCCGGGAAUCUCAUCGACCGGGUCGGAACUGGACGGCUCCGGCAUGGGUUUGGACAACCCGGACCCCGGCCUGUAUCACCAGCCCAGCUUUUCGUCCACGCCCGAUCCGACCUACAACCACCAGAUUUCCAUGAAGCUCCAGACCGUGUCGCUCUUCGGCGCCUCCGUGGUGGUGCAAAUCCCACGGCCCUACAGCAAGAUGUACGUCCUGUCGCAGUACAACCACACCUUCGUGGCGGACAUCAUGCCCCUGAAGAACAAAAGGGAGGUGGUGACGCUGGAUAAACUGCGGCCGCACACCAACUACACCUACUGCGUCGCCUCGGUUGGAAAAUCCCAGCGCUACAACCACACCUGCUUGUCCUUCACCACGCGGGCUGUGGGACCGGCGGACCCCCGCAGCAACCCAUCCACCACCACGCACUAUAUCAUGACCAUACUGGGAUGUCUCUUCGGUAUGGUCAUCAUACUGGGCUGUGUCUACUAUUGCCUCCGACGGCGACGCAUCCAGGAGGAGAAGGAGAAAGCUUUGAGCGUGACCAAAACCAUUCUGGAGAUGAGGUAUGGCCCAGAAGCGGCAGCGGCAGUGGCCAACGACCCAGCCGCCAUGCAGCGCCUCCAGGACCAGGCCCACCACCAGCAUCACCACGGAGGGGCGGCGGGCAGCAAGCUGCCCCCGUCGGCCUCCUCCAGCACCGGCAUGCUCCACGGCUCGGCCAACACCACUUCCUCCCGCCUCUCCAGUUUACCACAGGUGGAGAAGAUGGCCAGCGCCUUUUCCGAGGCCAUGGGCACCAAGGGGAGCUACAUGGACGUGAGGACUGCCGGAGGGGCCGGGGAGGCCCGAGACGGGGAGACGGUAGCGCUGGGGCCAGGCGGGGAGCUGGUUUUGGAUAUGCGAGGUCCUGGAGCCGAACACGGCGCGGACGUUGCGGAGGAUUCGGAUGACGACGGCCGUGGCUCGGCGUCUGAGAUCUCCACCAUCGCCAAGGAGGUGGACAAGGUCAACCAGAUCAUCAACAACUGCAUUGACGCCCUCAAACUGGAUGCCUCCGUUAACGCCGCGGAGAACGCAAAUGCCCCACAGCAGCCUCCAGUUUGCAUGGCGCCCCACGCGCGCAAUCUCCUGCCCAUCGCUUCAGGAGAUCAAGUCCUGGCCUCUUCCCCCAAGGUGCACCCCAAGUCCCAUCCUCAAGCUCAAGCCCCUCCACACCCUCAAGCUCAUCCUCCGCUACAGCAGAAGCCUCUUCCUCCCUCCAUGGCCCCAGUGCCCCUGGUGAUGCCCCUGUCGGAACGACCAGGUAUAAGCGGCGGGGGGUUUCUCUCCCCUCCCUACCGCGACCCUCCCCCGGCCAAUGCGGUGCGGCCCCUUCAGAGGCAGUUGAGCGCCGACACCACCGUGUCCAAGAACCGUUGCGGAGUCCCUGCCGCCAGCGGACCGGUCAAGAGCGGCCGGUUGUUCAGCGCGGAUGUUCCCGAGAAGCGCGGCGAACCUCCCAAAUACCCGUCGGAAAAAAGCAGCCCAGUGCGUAGCGGCGUAGGGGGCUGCAACGGAAUGGGGAGCGUCAAUGGGGGCGGCGGUGUGAACAUGAAUGGCGGUGGCGUGGCAUGUAGUAAUGGUAGUGGAGGUCGAGGUGGGGCAUCUGGUCUUGGUCCUGGUCUGCAGCAGCAGCAGCACCACCACCACCACCUGGAGGUUCAGCCGGAUUACCACAGCUCGGAACACCGCCAUUCCUUCCCCGCGCUGUACUACGAGGGUGGCAGCGAGUCGCCUUCGCCGGCCCAGAAGGCGUCCUUCCUCAAACCGCGAGGGCGCUCCAAGAGGGAUGCUACGGCCGCCUACUCGCAGCUGUCGCCCGCCCGCCACCACCACCACCACCACUACAACUCGGGCUACUCCUCCAGUCCCGAGUACUCGUCGGAGAGCACACUGCGGAUCUGGGAGCGAUUUCGCCCGUAUAAGAAGAACCCCCGCGAGGAGGCGUCCUACAUCGCGGCGGGCCACGCUCUGCGCAAGAAGGUGCAGUUCGCCAAGGACGAGGACCUUCAUGACAUUUUAGACUACUGGAAGGGUGUUUCCGCACAGCAGAAGCUGUAAGCCGAGUCGAACGGUAUCAAAGGAAGGUUGGAUGCCAACAGCCGACUCAUGUGGGUGAUCAUGUAGCAGGACGCGUUUCCUCUCAGUUCCCCCAUUGGAGGGAAGGUUCAGAGUGUAUAUUUUCCCUCGAGAAUGUUUUGAUGUGAAUUCCACUGCCUCCCGCUUGGCACUUUGGUCCUGGCAGGUGCCCAACACUGAUGAGCUCAGUCAGGGUUGUCAUUUUUGUCACGGGCCACAUUGUCGUUUCGGGGCCGGUAGGACUGUGAAAACCAUCUAAAAUGUCGACACACCUUAUCAUAUGCCAAUGAACCCCCCAUAUUCGUCCUUGGCCUUUUUUCAGCUUUCGGGGGGGAACUGUUCUCCGUUACGCCCCAAAGCACUCGCCGAGCCGCAGUUUUUAUCUCCCACUGCCCCAAAGAAAAGGCCAACCUGAGACAACGUGAUUCAACCCACAUUAUUGGAGCACCUCAAGUGCUGCAGUGGGUCGGAUCUGGUUCUCGUGUUUGACACCUUCAGGCUCAACAAAGGUGUUUAAGAAAAUGCUUCAUUUCUUUCUUUCUAACCAACUACCUCAUUACCAGCGGGACGGCUAUCGCUCGGCCAGCGGCCGCCCUUUGCUCGGCUUAAGGCGGCGUUCUCGUUCUCGCUUCCCCUCUAAUUCCAUCAAACCGCCCAAGAAUCGUUCCGCCGCGCCGCCAACACCUGCUCCUCCUACACAGGCGCCAUUUAGCCAGAUAAUGAGCGAGCGGGAUGAGGAAUUAGCCGUGUUUGUUGGAGAAGACUCGCUCGCUCUUGUGCGGCGGCGAAAGAACAGCAGGCGAGAGUUAUCGGGCUAAUUGUUCUCGCUGGCAAUUAGGGCGCGUAUCGAUCUGCGAAACAGACCUGACUGCGAGUGUUGGGCAUGUCGGCACCGCGGAAGUGUGUGUGUGUGUUGUAUGCGUGUGUGUGUUUCUUUCUUAGCUAGGUAGAGCUGCUCUGCAUACUGCCGGCAAGCCCCAUCAAAAUGAUUCAUUCGUGAGGUCGGGCCCCGCCCACCGAAAUGGCUUUUGACGGAUGGAUUUUCCCAAUCAAAUAGCCGACUCCCAAUUCAGGGUCAGCGAGGAGUUCUUGGGGCUUUUUCUUCGAUACUGCUUUGAUAGACAUGGCUGUCAUUUUUUGUGGCUCUGGACAUUGAUUUCUUUUUUAAAUUGAUUUUUUUUUUCCCCCCGGGCAUCCUUAUGUCAGGU